GCUGUGAGCAUACACGUGGAUCGCGCGGGUGAAAAUCGGUAAUACGUAAAUGAUGAGUGAACGUCCAUUUAGGGCUCAAAUUCCGAAAAAGCCCGAUAUAGGUGAUGAAGUGAUCGUCAAAGGAAAGCUUAAGCCGGACGCCAGUGUAUUUUCUGUGAACUUCAUCCUGCCCCAGCCGCCUCCGGUACAGAAAUCCUUCUCGGCUCCUGCAUCUAGUGAGAUCAAUGGUCAAACUACUCAUAAAUGUUGCGGCCAACCAACAAGCCCGAACCAAACCUGGCCCUACAUUGCAUACCACUUCAAGGUGAUUUUCAACGAUGAUGGCUCAAGUAUCGUGGUUCAAAAUUGGAAAAAUGUCGUUUGGCAGGACGAGCGGCGUAGUGUUAGUCACUCGUUCCAGGACCGGACACGACCAUUUAUGCUAAUCUUUCGCUUUCACCACGACACGAUAAGGGUAUUUGUAGACCACACGCAUCAUACCCCAGACUACGAAUUUGAGUACCAGCUGCCUCUCGAACGCAUCCGAACCGUGGAAGUAUGGGAUGACGUAGAAUACGUCGAAGAAGUGACGUUCCGGUUUAGGAAUAACGUUCAGAAUGGCACGUAAACCAAUCAUCAAUCAUAACAAUCAAUGUAGAUUGUGGAUUGCCUGUCUCACCUCGUGGGAAGUAAACAUUUAUCUUUACUCACAUGGAAAACCUAAACACACAAAUCGCUUGGUGGAACUAAACAAGCUUCAAUCACGUCUGCUUACAAGCGGAUAUCGUUUCGAAAUUUCCCAUCGCCUAGUAGCUAUUUAUUGACCACGGAUCUUAGGAGCAGCUGUAAAUCACGACCUGCACGCCGCAGUUGCUGUGGAUGAUAUAACUCAGUAUUAUCACAUGUUUUAAAAUGUUCCUGUAGCACGAUGCUAUAUCAAGUGCAAUAAUGAAAUUAAAACAUUUAUCGUAUUGUAUCGACAUA